GAGGAGCGGAGAGGAGAGCAGCAGGUCUCCGACAUGGCUAAAGAAGGAGCAGAUAUGACAGAGGAAACCGAGUACAUGAUAGACAAAACUGUGGGGAAAGAAGCGGAAAACGUGGAAUCGUCUGGCGAUGCCAAAGAAAUGCGAGCGGUGAUACUGGCAGGUUUUGGAGGUCUUAACAAACUCAGGGUGACCAGGAAGCCAAUGCCCGAGCCUCAGAACGGUGAAGUGAAGAUCCGCGUCAAAGCAUGUGGCUUGAAUUUCCUGGAUCUGAUGGUACGUCAGGGGACUAUUGAUAAUCCUCCAAAACCUCCUCUUGUCCCUGGGUUUGAGUGCUCUGGAAUAGUGGAGUCUGUGGGUGAAAACACAAAGGGAUUUGAGAUAGGCGACAGAGUUAUGGCUUUUGUGAAUUACAAUGCCUGGGCAGAGGUGGUUUGCACACCAGUGGAUUUUGUCUACAAGAUGCCAGAUGAAAUGACUUUUGCUGAAGCUGCAGCGUUCUCCCUGAACUUUGUGGCUGCCUAUAUGAUGCUCUUUGAGGUUGCCAAUUUGCGAGAGGGGAUGUCAGUGUUGGUGCACUCAGCAGGAGGUGGUGUAGGUCAAGCUGUGGCUCAGCUGUGCUCCACUGUUCCCAAUGUCACCGUGUUUGGGAUCGCCUCAUGUUUCAAACACGCAGCCAUCAGGGACUCUGUGACUCACCUAUUUGACAGAAAUAUUGAUUAUAUACAAGAAGUCAAAAAAAUUUCUCCAGAGGGGGUCGACAUCUUGCUGGACUGCCUGUGUGGGGAGAACACGGGAAAAGGCCUGAAUCUGCUGAAGCCAUUGGGAACUUACAUCCUCUAUGGCGCGUCAAACAUGGUAACUGGGGAAACAAAGAGUUUCUUCAGCUUUGCAAAAUCUUGGUGGCAGGUGGAGAAGGUGAACCCUAUUAAACUAUAUGAGGAGAACAAAGUCAUAGCUGGAUUCUCGCUCCUCAACCUCCUCUUUAAACAAGGGAGAUGCAGUCUUGUGAGAUCAGUGAUGGACAAACUCUUGUGCCUCUAUGACCAAAAGAAGAUCAAACCGGUAGUGGACUCCCUGUGGGCACUGGAGGAGGUAAAAGAGGCCAUGCAGAGAAUUCACGACAGAGGCAACAUAGGAAAACUUAUUCUGGAUGUCGAGAAGUCUCCCACUCCUCUGAUGGCCAGCGACAGCACAGAGACCAGUGAAGCAGGAGAGGAAGAGGAGGAGCCCGAGGGUGACAAUGACAGCAAGGAGCGAAUGCCUUUCAUCCAUUAGACCCAACGAAGCCCUCUGCACUACGCCUAGAGUGUGCGGAGAGGCUGCACAGCUUCACCACAGAGGAACACAACCACACACCAGUGUUGUGCAGUAUGUGCUGUAUGCAUGUAUGCAUGAAUGUAUGUAUGUACAGUGUAUGUUUGUGCCUCUUACCUAUUGUUUGUCAGUUGAUUGGUCAAGCAAAAGUUUUGGGUAAAUGAAGACUAAUUACAUGUUUGUCACCCAGGCAACAAGUGUAAGUGCCAUUCUUGAAAUAGUAUUAUUAUAUUUUUUACUGUAUUAUGAAGUAACAUUAUGCUAGUCAAUAAUGUGAAUAGGUCUGUGCCCGUUUUACAGUUAAUUUCAUCUGCCAGCAGUUUAUUGAAUUAGCAACAGACUUGUUAUUAUCACUUUAAGCGUAGUAUCUUUAAAAUUAGAUUUAGUCAAAGCUCAUAAGUGUCAUAUGCUGUAACAAGCUUAGCAUGUCUAAACAUUUCACAAGAUGGAAAAACAUUUGAUUUAAUUCUUAUCUGUCCUCAACGACGACAACUGAAAAAUUAGAGCAAACAAGUUACGCUGAAGUUUGAGAAAAUGACCCCAAAUGUGUUGAUGCUCCUGACCAAGCGAGUGAAUCACUUCUCAUGUUACAGUAGUAAUACAUAAGCCAGAAGAGGUAGAAAAGUCUGUGUGUAGAUAUUUGCAUGAUAUUUUAUUCUUCUGUGCCAACCUUGUAAUAUUAUGGGAUCACCAGUGCCUUUGAGCUACAGACGAGUCUUUGAUACUUGACAUGUUUUCCUCGUGUGAAGUUCAUAUUGAACAAACAAACAAAAAAGGUCGUUUCAACUGGAAUGUGAAAAUGGAUGCAUAUACUAUUAAAAUUCUUCCUUGCAUGAUCAUGUAAUUUUGUAGUAAGGAGGACAUAUUUCCCCACUAAACUGUAUAUUCAGAAGUUUUUACUCAGUAUAUGACACCUUACAGUGUUACAUUUAUCUUCAGGCCAUGUAGACAGUUUUGUAAACACUGGGGUAACACAGAAAAAAAUUACAGUUUUAAGACAUCAAAUUUAUAUCUGUCAAAAACUUGCAGAUUAUAUAUAAAUACAAGAAAGACUAAGAUUAAUGAGUAAAUUCUAGAUUUUCUUGAGGAGGAUCAUGAAAUAGUCAGACUGCAGUCCGAGGUUUGUGGAGUCUCUGCUUUACUUGUCUGACCAAAGUUGUUUACUUGCUGGUGCCUCACAACAAAAGUGCCAUGAGACUCCCAAGAUAAAUUAUUUUUACUAUGAGCUGAUGCAUAAAACCAGGGUGAUGUAGGUUUGAGCAGCACUGUGUGUUACUUUAUUUUAGUACGAUGCCCUUCUACUUUGCUCUGAAUCUGCAAGUUGCUAAUGAAAUGCAGGAGAGGAACAGCUGACAAGGAACAAAUGUUUGCCACACACGCUCGCAGUCAGCCAAUCAGAUGAUUGAUCUGUUUUUAUUUCUAAUUUCUCAAAGUAAAAACAAACGUUGCAUUUCAUUUUCACUAUUUAUUCGGCCUUGCCUAUUCAGUGUGCUAGUCAUCUGAUUUGUUUAUUACUUCAAGUGUUUUCUCACACGGAACAUCACAGAAACAAUGAAACAAGUCAACGUUUGAUAAUCAUGCCGUUUAAAAUUUUUUAAAAAUGGAUCAGCUUAGCAACACCAAAACUAACAGGAGUAAACACUGCAUCCUUCGAAGUUGAAUGAUAAAUGGUGGAGAGACAGUGUUAGUGGUUGCACUCAAGUGAUGAAAUUAAUCAUUUUAGAAAUUGAUUUCUAGACUUGGAAAAAUGGAAAAAUGAUGCAUAGACACUGCAAAUACAUCUAAGUUUUGAUGCCUUUAAUGUCAGGUCUGUUUGUGUGUGUGUGUGUGUGUAUGUGUGUGUGUGUACGAGUGUGAGAGAGAGAGACAGAGAGAGAG